CAAAGCAACACAGCUCGUCACAGCUUUAUCCACUUCUUGGACAAUAUUUCUAAACCCCCUACCAGCAGCAAGUCUAUCUAAGACGAAAUAAUGGUUUCCUGCAAGCCCGGACGUGCCAACGGCCAGUACUCUGCCUUCUUCAUGGCGCACGAUGGCAUGGUUGAUCUGCUUUGGAAGAACGUCAACAAUAUCAACAUUGAUUGUAACAAGAAUUUCGACAUCUUCACGUGCUGCAAUGGCAGCGACUGCCGCGACUUCAACUGCCCCGGGAACCACCCCGCCCGCGAGGAUAUCGAAAACCUGAAGAAUGCCAUUAUUCAGUAUUCUCGCACCGGGGAGUUUUCCUCACCCAAGGGCAGUUCCCUGGCUGAGGGCAGCUUGUCGACUAGGACCAGCGCUUCUUCCGGAGACAGCUCCCCCACUACAGGCACUUCUUCCACUUAUGUCACCCCCAAGACUGAAGGUGCCACUGUGACUGUGGCCACCACUGUGACUGAGAGCAAGGCUAAUGUUGGCUCUCGUCUAAACAUGAGAUCCGUGCUUGUCCUUCUGGUGCUUUCCUCCUUCGUCUCUCUGACCUAAUUGGGACCUGGAUUCUAGCACAAAUUUAUGCGUGUGCCGGUGGAUAUAGUAGCUCCCGCUCCAUACUUUUAACUUGAAUAUAUUCGUUUUGUC